AGAGUUGGUUUGGUGCAUGGCCAUGGCUGGGGAGGAGGAUGGCAGGGAGCGAGUGAAGGACAAGGUGAGGAGGCUUGUCAGGCAACUGAAGGACGAAGACCCCUGGGUGGCAGCGGCGGCAGCAGAGGCUCUCUUCGAUCUCGGAAUCAAGGGUGGAUAUGCCUCACCCAUCGCGACAAGAAAUCGACAGGAGAUCGGGGCGAUGGAAGGAGUCUUUGAAGGGUUUUCACACCUUGUUACGCAUGGGACGGAUGAAGGACAAGGCUGGGCCUGUGCGGCACUGGCGCAAAUUGCCUUUGACAAUGCGGAGAACUGCAUAGCAAUGGUGAGAACUCCCGGGAUAUUACGAGGACUCUGCAACGUGAUGGAGCACAGCUCGAGAGACAGCAAAGCAGCUGCAGCUCUGGCUGUGAACAACAUCUCGGCCUUCAGCGAACAAGCGUCAGCUAUCAUUGUGCAUGCAGAUGUGCUAAACAUCAACUCAGCGAGGCUUGACGAACUUAUUGCGAUUCCCUGCCUCAAGGAAAGACAAGCGAGAGACCUUUUCGAAUAUGUUUCUAGCUAUGGUCCCGUGAAUUUCUGGGAUGAUCUCAAACGAGUCCCUGGAUUUUCGCAGUAUAUUAUUUCACAAAUGCAAAAAUGCCGAUGGCCGAACCUUAUGUUCAGCGAAGAACCGGGCUUGCUUGGAGCCUUGAAAGAUCUUUGCAAGGCUGAGGAUACCAACGCACGCACAGACGCUGUUGGAGCUUUCAAUCACAUUUCAAGAUCUGAUCAGGCAUGGACUGGUGCGAGAUGCGUUCUUAUCAAGCACAACAUCAUCAAUGAUGCGCUUUCUGCGGCCCUGAUGGCAAAUUAUGAGACCCCAGAUGAGAUGGACGCGAUCGUUGCAAGGGCGACAAUGGCGAUUGCCAACAUCAUGGCGCAUGGUCCACGAUCGCCACAUACCUCAUCCAUGGAGGACUCAACCUGUCUCUCGCCUACUUCACGUGCGUUGCAAGACGAAAGCGAGAUCUGCAAAAACCUGCAUGGAGAAAUGAAAAUCUCAAGAGGAGUUUACAAGCGGCCGAUUCAGGAUUACGUAGAGAUCUGUCGAUCAGGGGUUUGUGGGAACGUCAGUCUGAGAAGAGAGGCGAUGGAGAUUCUGGUUCGAUGUCUGCAUUACGCGCUUAAAGGUGAAAAGUGGGUCGGAAUCACCUGGGGAAUUUUUUCUGUUGUUCAUGCACUGAAGAAUUUAUCUCAGAUAGAGGAAAACAAGCAUGUUCUCUUCAGAUUUGACCUGAUAGUUUGGUUGCUGGAAUUAUUGAAAAUGUGGAUCGGUCGAACGCCAAGCUUUGCAAACUCGGUGACUUCAACCAAGAGCAUCUCCAUCCAACCUCGGGAGCUGCACCUGACCCUGCACAUCAUUGCUAACAUGGCAACGUUGGACAGUGUGAGGCUGGAGCUCAAGCGCGCGAAAGCAGAACAUACUCUCCUCGAGAUCACCCAGAAGGAAGUGGAGGCGGACAGUGGAGGUGUGGACUCGUCCUUGUGGCUCCUGCGUGAUCGGCACCUUGCCCUCUGUAUGGGCCAACACUCGAGGCUGGGGGCAGAGAGCAAGUUUGGGCUCCUUGAUCCAGCUGUGAUGAGGCUCAUCGUCGAGUACACUUGCUCUGCGGGCUGCACGAAAAUCUUGGCGCACAGCCUUCUCCUCCUUCUCGCUGAGUACCCACGAGAAUGCGAGCAGAUGGUUAGCGGCUGA